GCGGCGCGGUGUGGGAGCGCAGCUGAGUGAGGCUCCACAGCGGCAGGGACCGGUUCGUAUCAUGGCGACCUACGUGGACAUCCUGAAGAGCGAGUUCCCCGAAAUUGACACCGAAGUAUUUGACUAUAUCACCGGAGUGCUGGACAGUGGCGGUUCUGAUUUUGAAGAUGGAGAGGAAGUGUUCGAUGCCAUCGGUGGGGUUCUCCAGGAGGUAGCUGCUGAUAAAAAUGAAGAUGACGUCCGAAGUAUCUGUCUCCAGUUGUUUAACACCCUCAAGCUGACUAACUGCCACUCAAACCAAAGGCAGGUGCUGCUCGAUGCUCCUGUGCAGCUGUCUCAGAUCUCUGCGGAAUCUGGAUCAGCUGCAAACGAAGUGCAGGGCAUUUGGAUGGUGAAGAGAACCCAGAGUACGACUGUGGAUGCCAAGAAGCUGGAGAAGGCGGAGGCCAAACUGAGGGCAAAGCAUGAGCGGAGAAAUGAAAAAGACUCUCAGAAACCCUCAAACCCACUGGUCUUGGAGGAGGCUUCUGCCAGCCAGGCUAGCAGUAAGAAAGAGAGCCGUGUGGACAUGUCUGGGAAGAAUCGCAGUUACGACAUCCGCAUAGAAAACUUCGAUGUGUCUUUUGGAGAGAGGUCUCUGCUGCAGGGAGCUGAGCUGUGUUUAGCGAGUGGACGCAGGUACGGUCUGGUUGGCAGGAAUGGCCUGGGGAAGACCACGCUGCUGAAGAUGCUGGCCAGCCGCAGCCUGCGCGUGCCUGCGCACAUCUCCAUACUGCACGUAGAGCAGGAGGUGGCAGGAGACGACACUCCAGCACUCCAGAGCGUCCUGGAGAGCGACACGGUUAGAGAGGAGCUGCUUGCAGAGGAGCGCAAGCUCAACGCCCACAUCUCCAACGGAACGGCAGACGGGUCUGAAAGCGUGCGUCUGUCAGAAAUCUAUGCUAGACUGGAAGAAAUUGAAGCAGACAAGGCACCAGCCAGAGCUUCAAUUAUCCUUGCAGGUUUAGGUUUUUCACCCAAGAUGCAACAGCAACCAACCAAAGAGUUUUCUGGUGGCUGGAGAAUGAGAUUAGCAUUAGCACGAGCUCUCUUUGCCAAGCCUGACCUUUUGUUACUCGAUGAGCCCACGAACAUGUUGGAUGUCCGAGCCAUUCUGUGGUUGGAGAAUUAUUUACAAACAUGGCAGUCAACCAUCCUUGUGGUGUCUCACGACCGGAACUUCCUGAACGCUAUUGCAACCGACAUCAUCCAUCUGCACUCGCAGCGUCUAGACAGUUACCGUGGUGAUUAUGAGAACUUUAUCAAAACAAAAGAGGAUAGACUGAAGAACCAGCAAAGGGAGUACGAGGCUCAGUUACAGUACAGAGAACAUAUACAGGUGUUCAUCGACAGGUUCAGGUACAACGCCAACAGAGCUGCACAGGUGCAGAGCAAACUAAAGCUUUUGGAGAAGCUCCCUGAACUUAAGCCUAUAGAAAAGGAAUCUGAAGUAGUUUUACGUUUUCCAGAUAACUUUGAGAAGCUGUCCCCUCCCAUCCUGCAGCUAGAUGAAGUUGAGUUCUCCUACAGCCCUGAACAGCGUCUGUUCACAGGCCUCUGCGUUUCUGCUGACCUGGACUCUCGAAUCUGCAUUGUAGGUGAAAAUGGGACUGGUAAGUCCACAUUACUGAAGCUGCUGAUGGGUGAGCUCACACCCCUAAGUGGAACCAGACACGCCCACAGAAACCUGAAGAUUGGCUAUUUUAGCCAGCACCAUGUAGAUCAGCUGGACCUCAACGUCUGUUCAGUGGAGCUUCUUCUCAGCAAGUUCCCUGGUCGGACAGAGGAAGAAUACAGGCGUCAGCUUGGUAGAUAUGGUAUUAGUGGAGAGUUGGCAACCCGACCGGUGGCCAGCCUUUCGGGAGGACAGAAGAGCCGUGUGGCUUUUGCCCAGAUGACCAUGCCUUGUCCUAACUUCUACAUUCUUGACGAGCCGACCAAUCACCUGGACAUGGAAACAAUUGAAGCUCUUGCAAAGUCCUUGAAUAAUUUCAAAGGCGGUGUUGUGCUGGUCUCCCACGACGAGAGACUAAUCCGACUCGUGUGUAAGGAGCUUUGGGUGUGCGAGGCCGGCCGAGUGCAUCGCAUCGACGGCGGCUUUGACGAGUACAAGGACAUCCUGCAGGAGCAGUUCCGGAGGGAAGGCUACCUGUGAACAUUCAGACCGACAAAGCACCUUAUGUCAUCUGCGCACCAUUUAAACUGACUCUGCAUCGCCACCACCCCAACCUGCUAACUGACUCCAUGCAUACAAUCUGAACUCCAGUGACCAGCAACUUGGCUGGCUCCACUGAAGGAAGCCGAAUUGGUGCCAUCUCUGCUGUCCUUUCUCCCACCUAUGCCGCUGUUUGCUGUCCUCUUCUUUUACCAGCUCAGUCCACCUGCCUCUGCUGCUGCACCAAAAUCAUGUUGUCGUCGCCCAGUGCAGUUCGUGCCACAUCCGUAAUGGGUUUUGUGACAUGGGGGCAGGCUGGGCGGCAUGCACUGGACUUUUCUGCACAGGUUCUUUUGUUUAAUUCUGCGCACAAACAGGAACGGAGCCUGGUGUAGUUAAUGCAAAGCGAAGAGGACAUAAACAUUAACAUUGUGUUUCAAUGCAAAUGAUGUACUUAUCAGCGGCAGUUUUAGAACAUGCUAAUAAAAACAUAGCAGUCAGUCAAUCAGUUUUAACCUGC